UAAUCCGAGUGCUCCUCUGUGAGGGUUGAGGAGGCGUGAGGCGCACAGAUCCACCAGGUGUAACGGGCUCAGCCGUGGACAGGGGGGGGGGUCAUGGCUCUGAUUGAGAGAAUCUGACUCAAUCUACACGUCGGAGUCAAGAGGGGGCAGAUAACUAAGUUUAGGAGCAGAUUUUGGUGCAGAAUGUCACAUUCGUUGACAUUUCCUCACAUUAGUGGCAAGUCACCUUCAACCCCUCGGGCAAGCCUACACACCUGGGAGCCCUGGGGCACCUUGUGCCAGCAAAUGGCAGAAUCCCAGACCAAAGAGGGCAGGGGCGUCUGCUUCACCCGGCAAGAGAGCAACAACUUCAGCCUGAGGACGGCGGUGGCGAGCAGGAGGCACAGCGCCGACGGCACCAUCGGUCCAGCCUCUGGAUCAACACCGCGAGGAGCCUCUGUGGACCGUUACCAUCCGUACCUGCGUCAGUUCAGCGAUGGAGCCGUGGCGUCAUCCUUCAGCUGUGUGCAGGAGGUGUGCGGCCCUGGAACUUGUUCGUCAUCGCCGUCGUCAUCAUCGUCGUCGUCAUCAUCGUCGUCGCCCUGGGACCAGCACAACGGGAGCAUUCAGAGUUCGUUCCCAGAACUGCUGCCUUUACGAGUGGACCCUUCCUGCUUCCUGUCUCAAAGCUAUCCUUCCUACAGCUCAUCGAGCCCUCUACAACAGGUCUCUCCUCGACUGUACUCCAAUAAUGACCAGUCCAACGGCUCCAAAUAUUCUCUCCAAAGUCUCUGCACUCAAUCACACCUGGAGAGCACCGCCCAGUCCCUCUUCCCCAAGCCAAUUUACUCAUACAGCAUCUUGAUCUUCUUGGCUCUGAAGAACAGCAAGACAGGAAGCCUGCCAGUCAGUGAGAUCUACAGCUUCAUGAGCGAACACUUUCCCUAUUUCAAGACAGCUCCCGAUGGAUGGAAGAACUCUGUGCGUCACAACCUCUCCCUGAAUAAGUGCUUUGAGAAGUUGGAGAACAAAAACGGGAACUCCUCUCGUAAAGGCUGUCUUUGGGCUCUCAAUCCCGCCAAGGUGGAGAAAAUGCAGGAGGAGCUGCACAAGUGGCGCCGCAAGGACCCCGUCAGUGUUCGCAGUAGCAUGGCGAGACCAGAAGACCUCGAUCGUCUACUGGGAGUGAGACCAAACAAGCUCAGGUCUUUGCCAUCUUACACAAACCCCUCUUUGCUGUCCAGGGUGGCGCCCAACUAUGGCGCCACCUCGACCUCGCGCGACCCGGCUCAGCUUCGGCCGCCGCUUCGCCGCCCUCGCGUUCAGCCUCAUCAGCCGUGCUACCUUCCACCGGGCGCUGCUCACCCCAGCAACUCUUUUGCCGUGUGCUCACCCUGUGGACUCCUGCCCGCAGCUGGCGUCCCGUCGGCCGCGGACGGCUUGCACUCCCCCGCGGCCGGCAAGAUGCCGCCCAGCUACAGCGGCGCCCUGCAGUCAGGGUACAGCUCCAGGAGCAUGCAGGAGUUGCUGUUGGAGGGAGAUGCCAGUUACGACAUCGACACGCUCAACCCCAGUCUGAUUGACCUGCAGCUGCAAGGUAACCUGUGGGAGGAGUUACAGCAGGACAGCCUGGUGUCUGAUCCACGAGAUACCGCUGUGACUCCGCACACAACCUCCACCCUGCCGGACGUCCCCACCGGCUGCCUGGUCACGUCUGCUGGCGGCCAGAUGUCAGAGGUGACAGCCGUCGCUCGACCGAAAGCGGAGGACGAAGAGGAGAACGCAAGCAGAGUCUUUGAUCAGCACGGAUGUUUGACUGGACUGCACCCUGCGCUUUAUUCAGGGGUAGAGAGUCUUGCUGGGUAUCUGACUUCCUGCGCCGCAACCCUCUCCUUAAUGUAAAGGAUGUACUAUAUCAAUAUAUUGAUGGAUGUUGCCAGUUGCUUCUUGCUAUAGUAUUAGCUUGGUUGCUUAAACCAUCAAGUCCUUGCCGUAGGAAAUAGUCUCUCUUUGGUCUGUUUCAACACACAUUUCAUUCCUCAUUAUUUAUUUGCAAGACUUCCAGCUAUAUAUUAUAGAUAGUCCCGUUAGAGAUAGAUUUAUGUUAAUGUGACAAACAACUGUUUUAUUAAUUGAAGGUUCUCUCUCUCUCUUCAAGUGAGUGGGCCGACUUUGACACACACAAAACAAUCCAGGUAUAAACCAAAUAAUCUGGUUACAGUAAAGCUCAUAUAUUCCUACCCAGAGGUUUAAGUAACUGUGCUUGCCUGAGUAAUGGUGAUACGGGGUGUCAUGCAACGAUGCAGUAAGACUGUUGUCACAGAAGAUGGCAGCAUUUUGUGACAACAGCAGCUCGUUCAAAAUGAUGAGGAAUUAUACUUACUUACUAAAUGACAACAGUGAUAGAAACACUCUCUUUCUAAAGGCAUCGUCAUCAACUAAUUGUAGAUUAAAUAGGUUAAAUUGUGUGUGUCAAACAUGCAAAUUAUUGUAUUUAUUCAAGCAACUUAUUUUUUUCAGUCUUUAAACAUGUAUAAAAGACUUAUUUAAUUACUGCCUUUAAAUGUUAGAGGAGGUACAUUUGUGAACCUGUGUCCAAAAAUCAUCAAUACUAUAUUGUAUAAGAUACCAUUUAAUUUUAAACUAUUGAAUAAGGAAAUAUCACUUGGAAUACAGGUCAGCGAGAACCAGACUGGAUGAAUAUAUUCAAUCGUGAACAGGAAGUCAUUAACUGUAUACCUUACCUCAGGGUAGUAUUAACCUUUUUUGAUUCUUAUUAUUUAUAUGCCUCACUGUUUUGAGUGUCUAUUAUCUGCUCAAAAGGAGUUUUAUCAUUCUAUUUACUUUUCUGUUUCACUCUAAUAUUUUGUGAAAAAAACAAACAAACAAUGUAUAUCAAGACUUGGAAAAAAUAUUUAUUGCAGUAAUGGAAUUUCCGCUGUCAAA